UAUUACUUUAAUUCUAAUCCUUGAAAUGUAUUUCAUUUAAACAAUUACAAAUUAUACAAUUAUCUAUAUUCAUUCAUUCAUUUAUUUUACCCUAGCAACAAAUGAUGUUUCAUUCAAUUCCUUAUUAUUUAUUUUUAAUAAUUUAUAAUUUAUUUUAUAUGACAACAAUUUUAUCUAUUUAUAAUAUAAAAACAACAUGGAUACCAUUAAAUGGAAAUUGGAUCAUUUCAAAUCAAACAUUUUCAAGACAAAUUUAUUCAAGUUAUGGUUUAGAUAGUUAUAGUGGACAAUCGAUAAUUGGCAGUAAUAAUAAUAAUAAUCCAUUAAUUGAUGAUAAUGAUGUAAAAUUAAGAUGGAUAGCAUAUACUAAUUGGACAUUUAUUAAAUUUUUCACAAUUGAACAAUCGUAUUUAAAUCAUACUAUCGAAUUAUAUAUAGAUGGUAUAGAUACAUUUUGUGAGAUCAUUAUCAAUAAUCAUUUAUUAGGAGUUACAGAGAAUAGUUUUUUAUCUUAUACAUGGAAAAUUAGUCAUUUAUUAAGUUUGAAGCAAGCAAACAAAUUAGAAUUAAAAUGUACAUCAACUGUGUUGAUAGCAAAGAAAAAAGCGGAACUAAUGAAAGUUAGAAAAAAAUUUAUUCCACCACCAUUUUGUUGGCCAUCUAGAUUUCAUGGUGAAUGUCAUAUAAAUCUUAUUAGAACAACACAAUCAAUAUUUGGUUGGGAUUGGGGGUUAACUUUACCGAUUCAAGGAUUAUGGACAUUACCUCAAUUGGUGAUUUCACCUUUAGGUUUAAGAUUCGGUGAAGGAUUUAAAUUCUAUGCUUAUUCACAACAAAAUCAAUUUAAGUUAUGGAGUGCUGAAAUUGAUGUAGAACUUGUAAGCAAUAUGUUGACGUACGAUCGUCUAUCAAAAGCAUGUAUCUAUUCAUAUAUCGAAGAAUUAAAUGUAUUUGGGAGAAAAUGUUUUGGAAUGGAAAAUAAAGUGAUAACUAUGGAGGUGUUACAUAAUCAGUCAAAAGUUAAAUUAUGGUGGCCUAUUGGUACGGAGACUGGACCAUACCUUUAUACAUUAGUACUCUAUUUGACAGUUGGUUUCAACAAACUUGUUGAUAAAAAGGAAUAUUCUAUAGGUUUUCGUGAAGUGGAAUUAAUUGAGGAUUAUGUGGAUUCAUCACAAAUUGGAUUGGGUCGAACAUUUUAUUUUAAAAUUAAUGGUUUACCAAUAUUUAUAAAAGGUGCUAAUUGGAUACCUGCAAGAUAUAUGCCAGGUAGACAGUAUAAUUUAAUGCACAAUGUAACGAAUGAUCGUAUUUGGUUAGAAAAACGACUUCUUCGUUCAGCAAGUUUAUCAGGAAUUAAUUUAAUAAGAAUAUGGGGUGGUGGACGUUAUGAAGAUGAUGAAUUUUACAAAGAAGCAGAUAAGCUUGGUUUGAUGAUAUGGCAUGAUAUGAUGUUUGCAGUAGCUACUUAUCCAGAUAAAGAAAGAAAUGAUACUGUUGAAGAAGAAAUCAGAAGACAGAUAUCACGAUUACACUAUCAUCCAUCUAUUAUAGUCUGGUCGACAGAUAAUGAAGUGAAACAAGCUAUUGCAAAUGGUUGGUAUAGUCAACCGAUGGAUUUAACAUUAUUAAGUAUAUUUAAAUCUAGAUUCGUCGAAUCAAUAUUCAAUGUAAUCAAUGACGAAGAGAAUGGUCAAAGUUCAGCCAGACAUUGGGAAGUUUCAAAAUAUAAACCUAGAAGAUGUCUUAUCUCUUCACCUGGUAAUGGAUACCUAACAGAGAAAUUCAGAGGAUUGGAUCCGGACCCAGAAAAUCCACUAUAUGGUGAUAUACAUUAUUACACGUAUUCUGGUGAUUUAUGGUCAGAAUCUAAUUUUGUACUAGGACGUUUUAUAUCAGAGUUCGGCAUACAAUCCAUUCCGUCUCCAUUAGCUUGGGCCAGAUCAAUUUCAAAUAUAUCUAAUUCAAAACAAUGGGAUGUAUUCGGUUCACUGAUGGAUCAUAGACAACAUCAUCAAUUAGGUCAUCAAAUGCUCAGAUUAUCACUUCAGUAUAUUACGAAACCAGCAGAUAGACAAGAUCCAAUUCGUAAUUACAGUCGAUGGGCAUAUAUUAGUCAAUUAAAUCAACUUAUGUGUUUACGUACACAAAUCAACUUAUACAUGAGACAUAAAUGUCGUAUAAGAUUAUCAAAUUCUACAGUUAUAUCAACUAAUAAAUUUAUUACAAUGGGUACAAUAUAUUGGCAAUUAAAUGAUAUAUGGUCAGCACCUAGUUGGUCAACUAUAGAUUCAGUUGGUCAAUGGAAAUUAUCACAUUAUUCUGCUAUAAAAGAAUAUUAUGAUCUAUCAAAAUGGGGACGUAUAGCUAUACAAGUCAAUAAUAAUAAUAAUAAUAAUAAUAAUAAUAAUAAUAAUAAUAAUAAUAAUAAUAAUAAUAAUAAUAAUAAUAAUGGAAUCAUUGAAGCUGAUUGGAUACCAAAUAUACAAAAUAAUAAUACUAAUUUUUUUCCUAAUGAAUUUCAAUUAAUUUGUUAUACAAUUUGGUCAUUUAUACCAACUAAUCAUAAAAUUUUAAAAAUUCCUAUACCAAAAUUUAUUCAAUGUCCAAUAAGAAUAUUUAAUAAAUCAUUGAAAGAUUUAAAUAAAUUAUGCCAUUUUAAUUAUAAAAAAGGUAGAAUUAUUCAAAUAAUAAUAAAAAAUAAUUUUAAAUUUAUAAAAACGGAUCAAAAUUUAUUUUUAUUAGAUAAACCAAAAGAAAUUAAAAAAUGGCCAAAAAAUUCUGGUAAAUAUUUAAAAAUUAAAUCAAUAAAACAAUUAAAAUCAAUAGAAAAUAAUUUUUUGAAAAUUCAAAAAAUGGCACCAUUUUUAACAAAUUUUAUUUAUGAAUUAAUAAUUGAAUCAAAAUCACCUGAAUUAUUUAUUCAUUUAGAUAUAAAUCCUAGACUUAAUCUAGAAUAUUGGUUUUCAAUAAAUGGUUUUCAUUUAAUGAAUGAAAAAGAGAAAAGAAUAUAUUUAUAUUUAUCAGGGAAUAAAACUAUAUCGAUAGAUUUAUUAAAAUCUUAUAUAUGGAUUGAAUCACUUGCAACAUUGAAUAUGAAAGAAUUGAGAUAAAAAAAUUUGUGUUUUUAUUUUUAUUUUUAAAUUUACUACUUUCAAAUAUAUUCAUUUUUUAUAAUUCAGUAAUAGAUUACGUAUGUUGUAAAACUAUUGAUUCGUUAGACUGUCAUACGCUUAUAUAUAUAAAUUUAUUUAUUUAAAGUGGUUACUAACAAGUAUGUUGUUGAUUAAAAGUAAAAUAUCUUGCCAAAAAUUGUUACAAAACAAACAAACAUAAUUGAUUCUAAAAGA